CGAUCUCCACGAUGUCACACUCCGCCGCGGUCCAACUCGAACCGAAAGCCCCGCUCACGGUGCAAGAUGUGACCACUGAGCAGCCGGGUCCCCAUGAAAUCCUCAUCAAGAACGAGCUAGUCGCCCUCAACCCUAUUGACACCAAGAUCGCAAAGCUCGCCAUCUUUCCUAUCCCGUACCCCGCCAUUCACGGCUCAUCUUAUGGAGGCACCGUAACGGUUGUCGGCUCCGACGUCACCAACUUCAAGGUCGGCGACAAGGUGGCGGCCGUCAAGACGGGCGGUGCAAACGGGAAUAAGUACAGCGGCUUCCAAAAGUCCGUCGUAUCACGAGACGUCACCGCGAUCAAGGUGCCGAGCAGCGUCGACCUUCACACCCCCGUUGGCCUUCUGGGCAACUUCAGCACCGUCGUCGGCCUGUUCAAUGAGCAUCUAGGCCUGGAACGGCCCGAUCCCGUUAAGAAGCUGCCCUCCAAGGGCAAGAAGAUCUUGAUUUACGGCGGCACAUCUAGCUUUGGCAGCUUCGCGACACAAUAUGUGGCUCAGUCCGGAUACAACGCCGUUACCACCACAUCCCCUCAGCACAAGGACCUCGUAGCCAAGUUGGGUGCCGUUCACGUCGUUGAUCACACUCAAUCCCACGAUGCUGUUGUCAAAGAAUUGGUUGCUCAAGGACCUUACGAAUAUGUUGUGGACUCUAUCUCAUUGAAGCCCACAUUCGCCAUCACUACUGCAGUUCUGGCUGCUCAGGGCGGAGGCAAGGUAUAUGCAUUGGUGCCUCCCACUGAUCCCAAUAGUGUCCCGAAAGACGUGACCAUCAGCUUUGGGUCAUGGUCGGCACCGCUUGCAGAAGAGAAAAAUGCCGAGCUAUUGAAGUGGUCGUUUGAAACGUAUUUCACUCAGGCCAUCGCUGCAAACAAGAUUGUCGGCUUGCCAUCUCAGAAGAUUGAUGGCGGAUUAGCUGGACUAAACAAGGCUGUGGACGUGUUAUUUAAGGGAGUCAGUGGAUUGAAGGUUGUUGUGGAGCCAUGAGCACCAACAUGAAGGUCCCUGAUGAUAAGAAGCUUGCCUCUGCGGUUAAGGGGGAAAGCAGGGCAUCAUGAUAGCCGUGAUAAUUAAAUCGUCAAUCGUGAAGCAUCUUUCAAAUAUCAGACCUUUCCAGCAUGUAGCUUCGUUGAUUCGUUUAUUGUAUAUAUUUUUUCCC